AUGCCUAUCAAAGAGUUCACAGACACAGAGACAAGAGUAAACUUCAAAUUUCACCCAGAUAAGAAAACCACACUGGUUCUGGCACCAUUUUCUGGUGGCCAAGGAAAAUCUGGAGUUGAGGAUGGUCCCGAGCACAUGCUCAAGGCUGGCCUCCAGAAGGAGCUCGAGCUUCUUGGCUGGGACGUGGCUAUUUCAGAGCCUCUGAAGGAUCUGGACCUUGAUAAAGAAAAGAAGAAUGCCAAGGAUGUAUUCGGAAAGUGCAAGAGACCAGCUCUAGUUUCGGAUAGUGCCCAGAAAAUCUACAAGGGAGUGCGUGAAGCGAUCCAGAACAAGACUUUACCUCUUACCAUUGGUGGAGAUCAUUCCAUUGGGAUCGGUACUCUGGCCGGUUCUUUAGCUGAGAACCCUGAAACUUGUGUUUUGUGGAUAGAUGCUCAUGCCGAUAUCAAUACUCCAUCCACUACGGACUCCGGAAACCUGCACGGCUGUCCAGUGAGCUUCGUGAUGGGCCUUGAUCGUGCUGCUUGGCCUCCACAGUUCUCAUGGUUGGACUCUGUGACGACCCUGCAUCCUUCUAAAAUCGCCUACAUUGGUCUCCGAGAUGUGGAUGUUGGCGAGCGUAAAAUUUUACGCGAUCACGGAAUCGCUGCCUUUUCCAUGUAUCACGUGGACAAAUAUGGAAUUGCCAAAGUGGUGGAGAUGGCCCUUGCAAAGGUGAACCCAUCGGGAACCAAUCCUGUUCAUGUUUCAUAUGAUGUCGAUGCUAUUGACCCAUUGUACACACCAGCUACGGGAACACCUGUUAGAGGUGGUCUGACUCUCCGCGAAGGUCUUUUCAUUGUGGAAGCAGUUGCUGAGACUGGAAACCUGUCUGCACUGGACGUGGUGGAGACCAACCCGGCUUUGGCCCUUCAGGAUACACAUGCGCUAGACACCGUCAGUGCGGGUUGUGCGAUAGCGAGGUGUGCAUUAGGAGAGACGUUACUGUGA